AAGAAGAAGAAAUCCUAGAAUAAGGCCGUUCAUGUUCGAAAUAACUUCUUAAAUUCCCCGUGUAUUUUAUCAUUGUGAUAUCACUUUGUUCAGAUUUACCCGUUUACUUACGCCUCGGCCCCCAAAACAAAACGUCAGCAAUUUGUUUGUAUCACAAAAACUGACGAAGUGGUUCUGGAGAAGAUCCCCCCACCUAUAAUCUCCAACAUCUUGUCUUAAUUACACGAAUAGUGAGGCCAGAUAACGAGACCCUACGUUGCUCCGUGCUCUUUAAGAUACCCUGCCGCUUGAGACAACUCAUCAUUCAUCUUUAGAUCCAAGCCAGGCCUGUCUCAUCGCAAAACCUAGGCUCGCUAACCCACGGGUUCUGCGGGGUUGGCGUUAUACACGACGACAUUACGACAUCGCGACAUCGCAAUUUUCCAAUUCGCUGCUCGCACGCGCAACUCGGCUAAGGGGAAAAAGGGAUAGAGAGAUAGACGAUGCUUCUUCUCAUAGGGUUGAGCUAGUUAGAGCGAUGAAUCCUCCUAUCGGGAUGCUGUCGUUGUUUGCUACUGGCAUAUUAAAGGUGUCGCGGAUUGCGGCAGGCAUCCGAUGUCUAACAUUCAUUACGGCCUUUGCGCUUUUCAUAACAAUUGGCGCGGCGCAAUCGUUGCCAUAUAUCCCGACUAGCAUAUUCAUUCCAGAAUCGAAACCUGCGCCGGCUCAAGAUAAUACGACAUCAGCUGUCGCAUACAUCUUUUCACCGAAAGACGAUGGCGUCGACUUACUAGCGCUCAACUUCUCGAGCAACCUGCGCACAUCGUCGCUAUCACUUCAAACUUUGACGUCGAGUGCACCCUUUUUGGACUCAAAUAAUACAGCAUUUACCCCGUCGCUCGCAGAUAAUGGAUCACUUAUCGUUUAUGCAGGCGAUUGUUCUUCUCCAGCAAGUUCCGAAAUAUGGACAUUCAACCCCUCACCAAACGACGAUGCCUCAUCAUCAUGGAUCAAAGCGAGCACCACACUAACUACCGAAGAAGAUGCUAUUCAAGUAGGGCCAGGCUUUUUGGGAAGCAGUUUUAGUUUCUCAAACAUCCUGGAACCUCAAUUAUCGCAGGCGACAACCUAUGUUUAUGGGGGAAUGUGCCCCAACUCAACUUCUAGCGCAACCACUUCACAAUCCAAGGCCACCUAUUCAAACCAGAUGAUCAGGAUCACACCCUCGGAGACUGAUUCAGGACAAUUCGCAGUUGAUCCUGUUUCCAUUAAAGGUCCGCCUAUAGCAGAGGCUGGAUUCACCUUUACCGGCCUAUCUCCAUCCAUCUCCAAUCAUUCUGGAACAGUGACCCAGCAAAUUAAUUAUGUACUUCUGGGUGGCCACACGCAAUAUGCUUUCGUCAACAUGAGUACUGUCGCAAUUUGGAGCUUACCGGAAGAGAGCUGGAGUUUUAUAUCCAGCAUUAAGAUGGCAAGUUCAGGUUCUGGUAACACUGAACUUGCGGUCAAAAGCACUAUCGACUCUAUAGAUAGUCGGUCCGGUCAUACGGCCGUACUUAGCGAGGACGGAACUUCCUUGGUUAUUUUUGGCGGUUGGGUUGGCGAUUUAACCCAAGCCGCUUCACCACAACUUGCUGUUCUCCAGAUUGGAGCUAGUUAUGGUGGGAAUGGAGAUUGGCAAUGGGCGGUCCCCAAUAAGCAACCAUCGGGAUCGGGCAUCUAUGGCCAUGGUGCUGCGCUGCUCCCGGGCAAUGUUAUGAUGGUCUACGGAGGCUAUAGUAUUUCAUCAUCUGGAGCCAGUUCCAAGAGGCAAGAAAAUGGCACACCCAUGUUCCUGAACCUCACCUCCAUGAGCUGGACUGAUAGCUACACAAACCCCACAUAUACUAAGACAAGCGACAGCGGUAACUCCAGCAGUACCGACGACGAUACGAAAAAGCGCCUAGGUCUAGGAUUGGGAUUGGGCCUUGGAAUCGCUGCUAUUGUUGCAGCUUUUAUAAUUUACUUCCUUUAUCGCCGUCGUCUACGCCACAAGCGCACAAUCCGUGAAUCUGCCAUCCGUGCGUUGGCUCAAGAUACAUCCCGUUUCCUACCUCACGACGAUGAAAUGAUGGAACAUGACCACAACAACGGAGCAUGGUACACAGGCGGACCCGAUCCAUACAUGCGCGGCUCGCGCUCCUUAGGGUAUCAAAGCCUCCAAACCGGGAACCCUGGCAUGGACAACAGCCGACACUCCUGGUUCGGUGCACCUCCAGCACAAGUCCUACGCAAACCCCUCCCUCGCCGGAACACCUAUGACCCCCCUUCAUCGCGCGGUGCCGGGGCUAUUCACCCUAUCAUCGAAGCCGACGAAGACGACGGGGCCAUCACGCCCAGCGACCAAGCCUCCCCCCUCCACGACCCAAACACAGACGGCCGGAACGAUUCCGAUCCCUUCCUAACCCCAACGCAAGAACUACAACCCCAAAUCUCACUCCCACCACCUAGUCGUGCAUCCACAACCCCUAGUCCAGACGAACGGCGGCGCAUUCUAGUCGCCGCGGCGACAGCGACUACAACAGGCACCACCCUAACCACCGACCCCGAAGUACAAGACUGGAUGACAGACGUAGAAGCCAUGGACGCGCUACUAAGCAGCGCCGCACAACGGUCCGGCCAAAACUCACCCACAAAGCGUCACUCUGCCCCUGCCACCGCGAAACCAAGCCGUCAAACCGCGGAAGACGACGCGCGGACCGCAAGCAGCGUAUCCGAGUCCAGCCGCAACAUCCUCAGUCUCGGCCUCGGCAGUAUUAACCUCGGCCGCUCGAGUUCCUCCCGCUCGCAUAAGAACACACCCGGUUUCGGCGUAGCAGCCGCAGCGCUAGCGGCUGCGGCGGAUGAGGGACGGGGUGGCAGUAGUUCGAGUUCGGCGCCAAGUUAUAAUACCGCACGGAGUAGUUUUGCCGCGUUGCAGGCGGAGGGGCCGUCUUUGCUGUUGGGUAAAAAUAAGGAUGGCAAUAAUGGGAGCAAUAACAAUAGUAACGAGGAUUACAGUAAUGAGAAUGGGAAUGAUGAUGAGGACCCGCAACCGCCUGGGAGCCCGAGUAAAAGCAAGCCUAGGAGGAGUUGGCUGCUGGGUAGCUUGCGCCGCGUGUUUAGUGGGUCGACACCAAGUCCGACGACGCCUAGUAGUCCGGAGAAAGAUGGGUUUGGGUAUGGGUAUGAUGAUGGGAUGGCGGAGGCAAGUGAUUAUGAUGCACGGCUAAAUAGCUUGAGCGGGAUCGCGGCGGGAAGUGGGCUUUUAAGACGGAAGAGUGGGCGUGGCGAUUGGGAAGCCAUGGAACAGGGUUCAAGACAAAGGAGGAAGGGAAAGGCAGUGGGGACGAGAUUAACUGAGGACAAUUUCAGGAGAGAAGGUGAAAGGAGACAGGAAGAGGACGAUGAAGAGUGGGAUAUCGAGAAGGCGGUCGAAAAACGGUUAGUGCAGGUCAUGUUCACGGUGCCUAGGGAGCCCUUGCGUGUAGUGAAUGCCGAGCCGGAUAUCGAGAGUGGGGAGGACGUCGUGCUUGUAGAUCCUGAGGAAGAAAGUCUAGAAAGCAUGGAGAAAGAAAAGAGUGGACAAGAAGGAGAUGCAAGAAGAGAAGAUCCUGUUGCGGAACAAGAUCUUGGGGAUCCAAGUCCCGUAAGCGAAGAGAGGAGCCUAGCAGAAGAGGCAGAAAAGGAUAUUUUGCGCGGAGUGCGCGAAGAGUUAGAAGCAGAAUGGGAGUGGGGUAGGGAUAGUAGGGGAAGACAGCCCCGAACACCACCGCCACGCUUGCCGCCUCCAGUGAGCGAAGGCACGCGCCUUCUAAGCGCCGAGUCAGGCAGCGAGUCCCGGAAGAGAAAACCGUCGCGGUCUCCAGUAGUGGAUACGGAUGGUGAUGUGUUCUCGGCGCAAGCGGUGACGCUCGAGAGGCCGCGAACACGAGUUCUUGCUAUGGUCGAGAGCUUCGAGAGUCUCGAGAGUAAGAGCCGCGAUGGGAGUUCUGCUUCGUCGCCUACACGACCAUAACUUCUCUUUUAUCGGGUGUCUAGCGCAGUGCGGUGUGUUUACUAUUAUGGGAUAGGGGUCAAACGGCGUCAUUAUGUGGCAUGGCGGAUACCGUUCGUUAGGCGUCUGGUUUGAACAAUUGGGCUCCAAGGGUUGGAAUUACAUUGUAUUGUUAUUUUUAUAGGGCUUCCCUCGUUACUCUUUGGGUUUUGGGCGGAAGAAGAGUAUCUCUACGACCUACGUUUAAACGAUGCGUCGUGAAUUGGAACGGAGUAAAGCGAAUACAUCCCAUUCCGACCUGUUCUUAACCAUGUAUAUACUGACUAUGCGGUUGUCCAUGAUAUUUUCGUGUAUAUAGUAGAUGCGUGUAGUAGUAAAAGAACCCGAAGCUCAUUGCUCAUAAUUCAUUAG